CCUUGUAGAAAACAUUGUUGUAAAGGUUACACUUAUAUAGCUGGUAUGUGUAUACCGGAAGAUAAAGAUCCGUGUGAUCUCAAUCUGUGUGAACAGCGCUGUUCCCUAUAUUUUGGUAGGGUAAUAUGUACUUGUUACCACGGUUACCGUUUCGAUCCCGAACGACACAGGGCACAAAUUGAACCUUACUGUUUAGAUGUUGAUGAAUGUGAUAUUGAUAAUGGAGGCUGUCAACACCUGUGUAAUAACCUACCAGGCAGUUAUAGCUGUUCUUGCCAAGACGGUUACACGCUGAGGAACGAUAAUCUAACAUGCGAACGGGAUUCUGCAAUGUAUGUUGAAGGAUUUAGACCGAAAAUUAAGGAAGAAAAACGAUGUACACCCGAAUGUACUCAGUUUAACAGAUUAGAAAAUCGAGUUAGUGAACUUGAGGAAAAGAUACAAUCGAUAGCAACUGCUAUACAGUUGUACAGCUUUGCUUCGGGUCCUCCAGGUCCCGUUGGUCCUCCGGGUAUGCCGGGACCGAGAGGAUUCCCGGGACCGCAAGGACCUCCAGGCAAUUCUUACAACGAUCACGACGACAGAGAAGCUUAUACUUUCGUUAAAGUUCCAAGCGGUGAAUAUUGCAGAUGUAAAAGAGGUCCUGUGGGGCAAACGGGGGCCGAAGGGAAAAGAGGACCGAAGGGCAACGAAGGAGAAAAAGGUACUAAAGGCGACAAAGUGAGUACAGAUUCUUCUUGCUCAAACACUUCCCGAUAAUGCUUUUAGUUCGACUAAGUUUUACAUUAUUUAUCCGAUUCAAUGAAGCAGAAAAAAUACUUUUAGUGAAGAUUAAUAGUUUCUUUCUACGUAGUUUACUCUAAUUUAGGAAACGGGUCAAAUAAAAAUUCGCUAAACUU